UCGAACUGAUUGAUUCAUACAAUAAUUCGCAUGCAAUUAAAUAAAUGAAUUGUUAUGGAUAUAAUUAUAAUAUUAAACAUGAAUUAUUCGUAUAAAUUCUAAUUACAGUCUUAAAUGGCGAAUUACAAACUGUGUACCAUACUAUCGUAAAAAUCAAUAAUAUACAUCAUGAUGUCUGCUGCAUUUGUUUCAUACGUCGUUAAGAAUUUGUUUUUUGUCAUCACCGAAUUAAAUCUUGUUACAAUUUUAAUCGUUAAAUUGACGAACGCUUAACAAUAUAUGCUCUGCUUAAAAUUGUUAAAAUUUAAUAUGAUAUAUCGAUUAACACAAAUAUCUUGAAAUUAUACAAAAAUCUACAAAGACUAAAUAGAAAGAUUCAAUAUAAAAAUGGAUGGAUCUGGAUUGGGAUAUUCAUAUCAUCUUCCUUCUGCAGGAUGGAAUUUUCGAGUUAGAAAUGUACUUGCACAAUUCAGUGAUCUUUUUAGUGAAUUUAAUAAGUAUAUUGCUCCUGCUUAUCAUCAUGAUCGAUGUGAGAGAUCAGUUCAAAUGCGAUUAUAUUCCAUGCAUAAAAGAGAAUUUGUUAUGGUAUUUAUUGCUUUUUUUGCAUGUUUUGGAUUAGCUGUAUUUAUUGGACUUGCAGGUAUUUUUAUAAAAUAUUUCUUUUUCAUUAUAUAUAUUAUUUUAUUCUUUUUAUUGUAUAUUAUUAUAGGUCCUCCUAUUACUUCUAUGAGUGAACAAAAAGCUCAUGUAAAUAAUAGCGAAGUUGCUACUGGUCCUUUUAUUAUGAAAACACCUUUAUUAUCUACAUAUAGUCAACAAUUAUGGGUUAUUGCAAAAUUAUUAACAUCUAAUAAUGAUGAUGAAAGAUAUGACAAAAGUUUUCAAAUAAGCAUUUCAAUAGAUGGUAUUAUUGAUCAUAAACUUAUACCUGUUCUUUCUUCGGAAACUGGUCACAAUAGAACCAGACACUUAAAAUGUGAAAGACAAACAUGUGAAGAACUGGUAGUUGCUCAUCUUGGAUUUCUUGAUUACAGUUAUUAUAUUAUUACUGUUCGUUUUCAUGGACUUGAAAGCUUCCAUCAACGUUAUAACAUAUGCGAUCUCACAUUCUACUUUAAAAAUUAUAAUCCAGCAUUUACGGAGUUCGAGAUUUGGUUUCGAUUUAUCUUUUUGUUAACUGCAUUUGGAGUUAUGUGCUGGUUUGGACAUUCCUUACGAAAAUAUCCAUUACAUGAUUGGUCAAUAGAACAAAAAUGGAUUUCUAUACUUCUUCCCUUAUUAAUUUUAUAUAAUAAUCCAUUAUUUCCAAUGACAUUUUUAGUCAAUUCUUGGGUACCUGGUAUGAUAGAUGCAAUUUUACAAACAACAUUCCUUUGUGCAAUUCUCAUGUUUUGGUUAUGUGUUUAUCAUGGUUUAAGACAAAACGAAAGACGUCUUAUCACAUUCUAUUUACCAAAAGUUUUGGUAGUGGGUUUACUAUGGUGUUCUGCAUUUAUUUUAGCAACAUGGUUGCGUUGCACAGAAUUAGAAGAUCCUACUUAUAAUUAUGUUCUUGAUACAUCAAAUUAUUUUGGUUUCAAAGUAUUUUUCUUCACAGUAGGAGGAUUUUAUAUAGCAUAUCUUCUUCUCUUGAUAUUAAGAGCAUACAGCGAAUUAAGAUCCAUGCCAUAUUUUGAUCUUCGUUUACGUUUUUUGACGUUGCUUGCUGCUGUGGUUUCAUUGGUAUGUGGUUGCGUAACAGCGCGACAAUUUGGAGCUGGUAUAUUUGAAGAUAGCUUUGCCUCUCGUCUCACAACGUAUUAUCGUUCAUCCGCACAAUUUAUGGCUUUGUAUGGUCUUUUGAAUUUUUAUCUUUAUACGAUGGCUUAUGUAUAUGCACCAGCAUAUCAACAAGUAUAUGGCCAACAUUCUUCUAUAACUAAGGACAACCCUACGUUUUCUAUGAUUAACGAUUCCGAUGAAGAAGUUAUAUAUGGACCAGAUGAAGAUAGUCGACGGCCUUUAACUCAAACAUCUAGAAUUGCGAAUAAUAAUAAUUAAUUAAAUUAAAUUGAAUAUUGUGAAUAAGAAAAAAACAUUUUUAAUUAAAGGAAAGGACAUGUUAAUGUCAAAGAUUUUCGUAAAUAGUGAUGUUAUAAAAUAAAAUAUAUAAAGGUGAAUAAUUUAUUUUAAACAGGAGUCAUAAAUAGAGAUAUAAUGUAAAAUAAAAUAUAUAUAGGUGAA